GCUCAGUCCGACGACUACUACCACCGCCGACUGCAGCCGAGGAGAUAUCGACCGUUGCACCCCCUUCGUUUGCUUUUCUCUCUCUUUAGUUUAGCUUCUUUUCAUUUUUCUCGUCGAUACAUUUGACCUUCUUAUUUAAAUUUUUGUGCGCGUAAUAGUAGUGAAUUUUUGGAAAAAAUGGUGAAAACAGUGGCUUCGCAAAAGCUUAAGGAUAGAGCGCAUAGAUUGAGAAUACUCAGUGUGCAGAUGACUGCUGCUUCAAAUAGCGGUCAUCCAACAUCAUGCUCGUCCAUGGCCGAAAUAAUGUCUGUACUCUUUUUCCACACUAUGAGAUACAAGGUAUCCGAGCCAAGAGACGCAAGCAGCGAUCGAUUCAUCCUCAGCAAGGGUCACGCCGCCCCCAUCCUAUACGCAGCCUGGGCUGAAGCCGGUCUCUUCCCAACCAAAGACCUCAUGAAUCUCCGCAAAUUGGAGAGCGACCUCGAAGGUCACCCGACUCCAAGAUUGAACUUCGUCGAUGUCGCCACCGGCUCCCUCGGACAGGGUCUGUCUGUAGCCGCCGGUAUGGCCUACGUUGGCAAGUACUUCGACAAAGCCAGCUACAGAACCUACUGCCUCAUCGGUGACGGUGAGUCCGCCGAAGGUUCCAUCUGGGAAGCUCUCGCCUUCGCUUCGCACUACAAGCUAGACAAUCUCUGCGCCAUCUUCGACGUCAACCGUCUCGGCCAAAGCGAGCCCACCGCCCUUCAACACAACAUGGAGGUCUAUCGCAAGCGCGUCGAGGCUUUCGGUUUCAACGCCCUGGUAGUCGAUGGACACGACGUCGAAGAGCUCGUCAAAGCCUUCCACGAGGCCGCCGAGACCAAGGGCCGUCCCACCGCCAUCAUCGCCAAGACCUUCAAGGGAAAGAACUUCGUCAACGGCAUCGAGGACAAUUUCAGCUGGCACGGCAAGCCCAUCGUCGGUGAGUCCGGUCAACAAGUCAUCAAGCACCUCCAGGCUAUGAUUAAGAGCAGCUCGUUCGAUCGCAAGAUCCUUGCUCCAGUGGAAGAUGCUCCAAAGGUCAACAUCAGCAAUGUCAAGCUCGACAGUCAACCAAGCUACAAGCUCGGCGAACAAGUAGCUACUCGUGUUGCUUACGGAACUGCUCUGGCUAAGAUAGCCAAAAACAACCAGCGAGUCAUUGGUCUUGAUGGCGACACCAAGAACUCUACCUAUGCCGAGAAGAUCAAAGGUAUCGAUGCCAACCGCUUCGUCGAGGGCUAUAUCGCCGAGCAGAACCUCGUUGGUGUUGCCAUAGGCGCCGCAUGUCGCGACAGGACCGUGGCAUUCGUCUCCGCUUUCGCAGCCUUCUUCACCCGCGCCUUCGAUCAGAUUCGAAUGGGUGCCAUCUCUCAGACUAACGUGAACUUCGUCGGCUCUCACUGCGGCGUCUCCAUCGGCGAAGACGGACCCUCGCAGAUGGCCCUCGAGGACAUCGCUAUGUUCCGCUCGAUCCCCGGCUCUACCGUGUUCUACCCCAGUGACGCCGUCUCGACCGAGCGCGCUGUCGAACUGGCUGCCAACACGCAGGGCAUCUGCUUCAUCCGCACCUCUCGCCCUACCACCCCGGUGAUCUAUAAGAAUGACGAGCCUUUGGCCAUAGGCAAGGGCAAGCUUGUGCUGAAGCACGACAACGACCAGGCCCUCGUCAUCGGUGCCGGUAUCACCUUGCACGAGUCCAUCAAAGCCGCCGACAUCGUCGCCAAGAUGAGCAUCAAUGUCAGAGUCAUUGACCCCUUCACCGUCAAACCCAUCGACAAGGAGCUCAUCAUCGAACACGCCCGCGCCUGCGGAGGCAAAAUCGUCGUCGUGGAGGAUCACUACAUGCAGGGUGGUCUCGGCGAAGCCGUCCUCGAGGCCGUCGCCGAGGAAGCCGGUAUCGUCGUCAGGAAGGUAGCCGUCAAGGAGAUGCCAAGGUCUGGCAAGCCAGACGAGCUCCUCCGACGCUACGGAAUCGAUGCCGAAAGCAUCGCCAAGCAAAUCGAAAACUUUGUCAGGCACUAAGCCCGAGUUUCUACGAGAGACAGAGAGGAAAUGAUGAAGUUGUUUUCCUUUUUUUGUACUCGAGCUCGUAGAGGCAUUGUGUGCGAUGCCUUGAUCGAGUUUAAAAAAAUCUAAUAUUUGUUAUUACUUGAGGAGUCUUUUUUGUACAAAUAUGCGAGUGCGCAGCACUGCCUUUACUUGUUGAAGGUUGAAUAAUUGUAACUUAUAACACGUGCCUUCUGCUCAUUGAAAACUGUUUCAGAGAGCAUAAUAUUGUGAUUAUGAAUCUGCGUUCUUCCAAUCUGUUUUUAAGACGAUAAUAUAUACAAUUAUUUAUACAUAGCAAA